GGCUUUUCUGCAUUCAAUCAGCUUUCCAGCAUAGCGAUUCAUCUUUUGACUGCUUGUGUCUUUCUACUGAUGAGGGAACCUACACUGCGCAUCUUCUACCUGCCUCUGUUACUGGUCGUGACAUGAAGUGGAUAACUACAGAACAUUGGAUUCUUACAUCAAAAAUAUAAUAUGAGGAGUUUAUAAUCACGUCUUCAUAUUAGAUCCGUAUUUUGGAAAUCACGGAGUUAUGCUUCACAUUAACUUAAAAUACGACGUUCUACCAUGAACGUGUGAUGAAAAGUUUGUUCUAAAGUGGUGGAUACUUUAGUUGUGCCUACAGAUUUUUACAUUAACAAAGGCAUUUCGUUGAACAACUUCAAGAAUACGACACACAGCAUUCCAGCAUAUCAUACAAAGUCUAGCUGUUUUAUGCUACAGUGUUUAUUCGUUUCUAGUGCCUAUUUAUGAAUAAAUGAAGAAUUGCCAACCCGUCUCCAUAACUUUGCAAGGAUGUAAAUGCAAAAGAUUGUCCUGGAAUGUUCACUGGAAAACUGUCGGGAUUUACCAACAAUCGAUUACAACUGUUUCUCUGUCUAAAACAGAUGAGGAACUAACACGCCAUCACUGCUUUCACACUUACAAACUGUACUUGUGUUCGUAAUGAGCGAUUGCCUUGUUAUAGAUCAUACAAACUGGACAUACGGUUAGAAAAAUACAAAUUCCUCCUCUUGUGAAGGCAGGAAACCUCUGCCUAGCUCGUGCCGAAACCCUAAGGAUUUAUAAAUAGCCCAAUUCUUCUUCCUGGAAUCCUGGUGACGUCACAGUACCCAGAAGCCCUUGCGGGCGACCAUGAGGUGAUGUCCCCAGGCACAGUGGCCACGACCCUUGUCCUGUCCUUCAUCUGUCUGGCCACCACGGCCAGUAACAUCCUGGUCUUUGUAGCGGUCGGGUACAGCCGGAACCUCAGGACCGUCUCCAACACCUUCAUCGUGUCUCUCAGCAUCGCUGACAUACUGCUGGCGACUGUCGUCAUGAUUCCCGCCACUCUCAAUCAGGUGUACGGCCACUGGGUGCUGGCUCAAGGCUUCUGCUCCAUCUGGGCUUCCUUUGACGUGAUGCUGUGCAGCGCGUCCGUCCUCAACGUGUGUGCCAUCAGCUUUGACCGCUACCUCGCCAUCAUCUCCCCGCUCCGCUACAAAGCUCUGAUGACCUUCCGCAGAGCUCUCCUUCUUCUGGCCGUGCUCUGGAUCGUAGCCAUUCUCAGUUCAUUUGUGCCAAUCACAAACGGUUGGCACAACCCAGACGUUCCCAGCUUGGUCAAUCUUACGAUGUUCACCAGCGAGGCGCAGUGUCUUUUGAUCGUGAGCUUACCCUACGCGCUUCUCGCGGGUACCAUAACGAUCAUGCUCCCUAUCAUCAUUGCACUUGUGCUCUAUUUCAAAGUGUCGGAAGAGGCCAGAAGACAAGCUUUGUUUGUGCGAACUCUGAUCGCACCGAGUCGUGUUCUUUUGGGGCAGGACGUGUCCUCCAAGUCUGUGAGAGAACCCUUCACCAGGAAAGCGACUGUGACCUUAGGGGUUAUCGUCGGAGCUUAUGUGGUCACCUGGACCCCAUUCUUGAUUACGAACAUAGUAGACGCUGCUUGCACAUGCGUGCCCCCCAAACUUUUCACUGCUUUUGUGUGGCUGGGCUACUGUAACAGUCUGAUUAACCCCAUCAUCUACCCGCUGUUAAUGAGGGAUUUCAGAAAAGUGUACAUGAAACUACUGCUCAUUUGCUGUCCUCGACUCAAGUUUCUCAAGAAGAAAUCAAAAGAAGUUUUGCAAAAGGAUAUAGAAAAGGCGUUUGUGAACGGACAUUCACAAAGUAACGGGAUAAAAUCUGACAGUGUUUAAUCGUGUUGACUUCUGAAGGUUUCAGAAACCCUGAGAGCAAGAAACAAAGAGAUGGGUGGGUGACAAAAGUUCAUUGCAAAUGUUCACCACAAAAGAAUAUGAUGAGUCGUUGGGAAAAUAAAGGAGGGGAGGGGGGGUCUAUACUGUGCAUUUUGUAGAAGUUUAAUACUGUGAGAGAAAUGGAGAAAAAUAGAACAACGUAGAGAGAGAGAGAGAGAGAGAGAGAGAGAGAGAGAGAGAGAGAGA